AGAAGUUUUUCCCAUUUCCGGGUUGUGAACAGAUUUGGAUCGUUGGUUGCGUGUGUUGUGGUCGGUCAGUCGUUGCGUUGCGGAUAAGUUUGUGGAUUUUCAUCGGAGUUUCGCCUUGUUUCCCGGUGCAUAGAACCUGGUACAACUCCCACAUGUGCUGUGUAGAGUAAGGGGCGGUAAAAAUGGCGUCGGAGGGGAAAAGAGACCCGCCGGACAAGCGAGGCGGUGGCGGGGACGCGGCCGGUACAGAUCACCGUCGUAGCGUGACGACGAAGCGCUCCACACUGCGCUCGUGUUGUUUCUGGGUGUGCGCGCCUGCCGCGGUGCUGCUGGCGGCCCUGGGGGUGGGGAUGUACCUGGACUACAGGCGGUGGGUGCGCAAGGAGGUGGGGAUGAUGACCUUGGGGACAGAAGGCACAUCGCUGUUCCUGGCCUACGACACGAACGAGGACGGACACCUGAGCAUGGAAGAGUUCAAGCCCCUGCUAGACAGGCUACAAGGGAAUGAGACGAGUUACCCGGUGGACGAGGAAAUCGACCAAGCGGGAGAGAUCAUCGUGCUGAAGACGCACUUCGAGCCAUUCGUUAUGCAAUCCAUGUCCAAGAACAAAAACCCAUUCGGGUUUCUUGGAAACAGUAACUUGCAGGGUCUGAGGGAGUGGCGGGAGCCGGUGCGAGAGCUGGCGUCCUUCGGAGCGAACCACUUCGCCCCCUUCCUGCCGCCUCCUGCCGCAUACUCCGUUCUGGGGGCUGCCUACGAGAUCAUCCCAUCUACACUCAGCCCCUUCUCGGGCACGUUGUCGAGUAACCGGUACUUCCCGCCCAGGGUGUCCAACAAGGAGGUGAUCCUCCACCGCCUGCUGGGCCUUUUCCACCCCCGACCGUUCGUGCACAUGCGCUUCGCUCCGCAGGGCGCCGUGGCAACCGUGCGGGCCGAGAACGAGCGCUGGGUGGACGUGGUGUUCAGGAUCCAUGCCGAGUUCCAGCUGAACGAGCCCCCGCUGUACCCCUUCUGGUUCACUCCCGCUCAGUUCACCGGGAACAUCGUCCUCAGCAGGGACGCGUCUCGCGUCAGGCACUUCCACCUCUACGUGCCAACAAACAGGUCGCUCAACGUGGACAUGGAGUGGCUGCAUGGGCCGGGACACGAGAACAUGGAGGUGGACAUCGGGUACAUCCCGCGGAUGGAGCUGACCUCAGUCGCCCCCUCCACGCCCGUACUCAUCUACCAGGAGGAUGGGUCUUACAUGGACCAGCGGGACGCCGAGCUCAGCGAGGAGCCUACAAUUUUCCUGGAGGAGGACUCUGGAGACAUCAGGUGGAACUCAGAAAUCUCCAUGGAGGAGGCCAUGAAGAGCCUGGAGGUCAAGAUGUACCCUUUCAAGACAGUGCCAUAUUACAACUUCACCGAGGCUUUCAGUCGAGCUGAGGCGGAGAACAAACUGGUCCAUUCCAUUCUGCUGUGGGGGGCGCUGGACGACCAGUCCUGCUGAGGUUCGGGGCGGACACUCCGGGAGGGCCCCCUGGAGAGUUCGCCCAUCGUGAAGAUGCUGACGGAUCACUUCAUCAGCACCUGGGUGCUCGUCGCCGAGCUGGAGGGCAUCAAGAACAGCUCCUCCGUACCCAAGCACAAGGAGCUGGCCACGAUGGCGUUGGGUGCUUAUGUGUUCCCAGUAGAAAUGAUGGUCUCCCUGCCAAAUGGUACCGUCGUUCACCACCUCAACGCUAACGACCUUCUGGACAUGAGCUCCGGAGAGUCGUUUGACGUGGCCAGCAACAUGAUGCAGUGGAUGGACCCGACGUCUGUCACCUACAGCAAGUUCCUGAAGGAGGGAAUGAGGAAGGCUGGCGUGGAGGAGUAAUAACUUCUCCGCACGUCACUGCAGACAGCUGUCACUCAACAAUACAGAUCCCGUCCGCUCUCAUUUCAAGACUGAAUACUGUAAAUGCAUUUAAGUUUGCGGGGAUUUGAUUUUGCGGUAGCAGGAAAAAGGACUUUUCGUGGUGGUUUUAAGUUCGCGGUAGCACCAUGCACUGCAGUCUCUUACUGCCAUGGAAAAAUGUUAACGGUGGUUUUAGAUUCUCGGUGAAUUGGCCACCGCGAAAACCACGGACAUAAAUCCACCGCGAACAUUUCUGCAUUUACAGUAACAUAGCCUUAGUGCUUCCUCAAUUGAUUCCACUGUAUAUAUGGUUGAUUUAUGAACUUUCUCUUUGUCUUUUUAUGUUGCAAGACACAACAACUUGAAAAAGAAAGGUAGCUCUACUCCCUGCUGUGCAGGAGUGUGUCUUCUAUGAUGAUGUUGUCUUUCCAAAUCUACGUACUUCUCAAAGACACCUGUCAGGGAGGAAUACUGUAAAUGCAGAAACUUUUGCGGUGGUUUAAUGUUCGCUAACAUUUUUCUAUGGCGGUAAGAGACUACAGUGCAUGGUGCUACUGCGAAUUUAGAACCACCGCGAAAAGUCCUUUUUCCCGCUACCGUUAAAAUAAAAUCCCCGCAAACUUAAAUGCAUUUACAGUAUGCUUUACUGAAUACAUGUCAGUAGCUUCUCAAAGAAGACCUUGCAGACGUUGCUUUUAUUUUUGGGAAUACUAAUGAAUUGUUGGUUGUUUUGUAUCAAGUAUGCAGUAUUUUGUUUCCUCCAUGAUAUUUUUAAUGGUCAUCAUUUGUAGUUUGUUUUCCAAAGUACAACUUGUAGGUAUUUACUGCAAGCUGUGUCUUUUCUGAACCCUUGUAUGAGCCUUGCAGUACCGGGUACACUCACUAGAGGGCCCUGUUGAUGUGUGCCUGGUGUGUUAAUUCUUGUGCAUUGUUUACUAUGACCCUGUUGUACUGUUGGGCACCAGUCAUGUCUCAGAUGAUGGCCCUGCCGGAAAGUGUCGCAGACACUGGGCAGAGCCGGAUGGAUGGAGAUGUGGUGGUGUCUAUACUGUACAGGUCUCUUUUUCCCACCAUGCAGUUUAUGUAAUGACCACUGUUACUUUGGCAUUCAUUGGUACAUUUUAUAACUCAGAUGCUUAAACACUAGUUCACCUUAUCUGUGGACUGUAACCUAUAUCUAAGGUUAUAAAAAACAGUGUAUUUAGGGAUAUCAAAUUGAUGGACAGUGGUUUCAAAUUGCAAUAUUUGCAAAAUAUUGCAGUUUGAAGCUACAGUCCGUCAACUGGAUGUCCCUAUAAAAUACACUGUGUUUUAAAAACAAUGGAUAUAGGUUACCCCAAGGAUAUUUUAUCUGUAAUGUAGUAAUUAAUGACCUUCGUACUUAAGACAAGUCUUUGGGUCAAGGCAAUUUUCAUGUUUUGAAUUGAGUUGCCUUAGAACACCUUAAAAGGGUGACUACAAAUCUCAGUUUUGUAACUCAAGCAUGUUACUUUGCUUAUAUCUUGUAUGCAUUCAUGCAUUUAACUUUACUGUGUUUUAACAAGGACGUUAUAACGUUACAACUUCAUCACUUACCAGAUGCCAUUGAGAAAGGUUGUUUCCAUCUGGGAAAACCUAAUCCUAGAUAAAUAAUAGUUACAGAAUCAGAAGUGAGCUGCUUUAGAUAACCAAGAUAACUUGAUAUGAAUAUUGGAAAUGUUGACCAAGAAUCUAUUUUACCUAUUGUAUAUAAUGCUUCUAGAUAGAACAAAUAGCUUAUAUAUGAUAUGAUACUUGCCUGAUAUGUUCUUUGAUAGCAACCUGGUGAUGUAGUUUUUGGAGAUAGGUAAGUUAAACAAUAGUUCUCCUUUAUCCAUGGGUUGGCCUAUAUCUGUUAUUUAAAAAAAAAUUAAAACAGCAUUAAGGGAUAUUGACAGUCUACAGUGGUUUUAAAUUGCAAUAAAUAACUAUAUUUUCAAGAUUUUGUAGUUUGAAAUCACUGUCCUUCGAUAUCCUUAAACACACUGUGAUUUUAAAAACAGUGGAUAUAGGCUACCCCGCAGAUAAAGGUGAACUUGUGUUUUCAUACAUUGUAUUUAGUUAAUAGUAGUAGAGAAACGAAAUGAAAACACCCAAGGACCCAGCUAAGUUGUAUACUUGUAAUACAAAUUAAGACAUCAAACAACCCCCACUGCUUAAACAUGUCAGAGAUAGCCUGGUACUUUUUUCUUGCCAUGCAAUGUUAUGUCUUUUUUAUCUUGCCGCAACUGCCUCUGCAACUAUAAUCAUGAUUGAAAUUAAACUUGGGGGCCUUAUUGAAACUGGGCAGUCAGAAAAAGUAGUAACUAUAGGUAGUUGUGUCUUUAUCACUUGAAUUUUUUAAGAAGCACAGGAUCCGAAACAUUUGUGCACGUCGCAUCUUAUUUUCCAUAGGAUGCCUGUAUCUGUAUGUCCUCAUGCAGUUGUGUUUCAAAUCAGUCCUGCAGAUUGUUGAAAUCUAGUCAAAGGAACAUCUUUCAUCUGGAAGAUUGUGGUACUUUUUAGCACACCAAAGUGGUAUUUUCUAUCGGAUAUGGAGUUAGACGACAGUUUUUUUUGUGUGUGAAGGGGGCGAUUAUGUGGUAACGGGGUGGGGGCACAAGGGGGUGGAAUUAAACUUUUUUCAACAGGUAAAAGAUGGGUGAAAAAGUGCCAUGUGGUGUUUCUCUUUGCUGACACUUUUAUCGUAACUUUGCUAUUGCCUUUGAGAACCUGAACUUGGUUUGAGAGAAUGGUGUAAAUAAAUUUGAAUAUGAAAUAUUGAAA